UUGAGUUGAGAAGAAAAAUAAGAGAAAAGCCCUAAAGGGAAGGCGGUGCCCUGAGAGAGAGAGAGAGAGCUUCAAUGGUUGGCUCCAAUUUCAAGAUUGGCGACGAGGUGGAGGUGACCAGUCCAAUCCACAAUAUGCGUGGCACUCUGUUCCCGGCAAAAAUCAUCGGCAAGUCGAGAGAUAAAACCAAGUUGAAAGUUGAAUAUAACAAAGUGAAGGCCAAGAUUGAUGGCAAUCUCAGCAGGAGGAAGAGGCACCAGCAGCGCAACGAGGUGGAGGAAGAGGUGGACGUGGCGCUCAUAAGGCCCUUGCCGCCCCAAGAAAGUAAGUACUGCUGCUUCAAGUUAGGCGACGUCGUUGAUGCCUUCUUCUGUGGCGGGUGGUGGGAGGGAGUCAUCACUGAUGUUAUGAAGGACUCGACGUUUGGGGUUUAUUUUCGGUUUGCCAAGGAGAAGUUUGAGUUUGAGUCGGAGGAGCUCAGGCUUCACCGGGAGUGGGUCAAGGGCUCUUGGCUUCCACCUCUUCAGCAAGGCGAUGUCUCAACUACCGAAGAACCAAAGCCCUGGAUGAAAGAGGGCUUUGUACAAGGAACACAAGUUGAGAUUUGCACUGAUGAAGAUGGAUUUCAAGGUGCUUGGUUUGCUGCAAAUAUUGUCAAAGUAAUGGGGAAGGACAAAUUUCUCAUUCGAUAUAAGAGCAUAAAAACAGAUGAUGGUAAAGAGUUCUUGACAGAAGAGGUCGAUGCACAGCACAUAAGGCCUUGUCCACCUGAAACUGUUGUGGUUGAAAGUUUUAGUCUGAAUGAAGAGGUUGAUGCUUUCUAUAAUGAUGGAUGGUGGGAAGGUGUGAUCCGCAAGGUCCUUCGUGGGCCAAGGUACAGAGUUUACUUCAAAGGUACAAAAGAUGAAUUGCUGUUUGAGCACUCAGAUUUGAGACCACGCCAAGAUUGGAUAGAUAGAACAUGGGUUAUGGCUUCUCAGGCAUUGAAGCAUUGAGUGCAGAACAAAAGUCAGAUACUAACCACUGAGCAUUUGCGCAUUUCAUAUAUGGCACAUUGUCAAUCUGGAAGUUUCAUUGCUGAAAGCAUUUGGUUAGGACGUGUUCUUCGUCCUAUCCAUCUUAAGCGUAAAACUGAUGGUUCUUGGUGUGUUUGGUAUUAGAUUUGGAAGUCCUAUGAAGAAGAAACCUUGAAACAACCAUUUUUUUUCUUUUGUAGUUUUUGAAAGAGAAACAUUAAACUUACUCGUAAGUGUUGCUGUUCCAUCUUUGUAAUUAAAUGGGGUUUUGAGUUUGCGGACAGAUUAUGUGAUUCUGGAUUGCACCGUUUGAUCAUUGAUGAUGUGAAUGAACAAUUGAAGCG